AUGUGUGGUAACACCAUGUCUGCUCCAUUGUUAGCCAUGGUGCCUUGUGCCUGGAAGGCUGCCACUGUGGUAAUUUUCCUUCAUGGAUUAGGAGAUACUGGGCAUGGAUGGGCAGAAGGCUUUGCAGGUAUCACAAGUUCACAUACCAAAUGUAUCAGCCUGCAUGCGUUUGAUAAUAUUGGACUUUCACCAGACUCACAGGAGGAUGAAUCUAGAAUUAAACAGGCAGCAGAAAAUGUAAACAUUUUGAAAGAUCAAGAGGUGACGAGUGACAGUCCUAACAGAAUCAUUUUGAAAGGAUUUCCUCAGGGAGGAGUUUUAUUUUUAUAUACUGCUGUUACCAUACAGCAGAAACUGGUGGGUGUCACUGCACUUAGUUGCUGGCUUCCACUUUGGGCUUCAUUUCAACAGGGUCCUGUCAGUGGUACUAAUAGAGAUAUUUCUAUUCUCCAGUGCCAUAGAGAUUGUGACCCUUUAAUUCCACUAAUGUUUGGUUCUCUUACUAUGCAAAAACUAAACACAUUGCUAAAUUUGGCUAGUGUAACCUUUAAGGUCUAUGAAGGCAUGAGGCACAGUUCCUGUCAGCAAAAAAUGGAUGCUUAA